AUGUUACAGGGCACUGGCGCUUUCCUCACCGUGGCUAUCACAGAAUCUGUGAAACAGCUCUUCGUCUUCAAGCAUCAAAUGUUGUUAGAACCCGAGAGCCGGCUAAAACUGUCGCGAACAAGCUGGGUGAUAUUCACCGGAUUUUUUUCGGCGUUCGAUAGCCUUUCGGUAAUGUUUGUCAUCGAAAUGGUUACCAUCCCGCUCGGCGUGGUCGCCUUCUACCUGGUGCUCUACCGAACUCCGCCCCAUAUGAAGGAGAUUCGAGUCCAAUUCCUGAUCACACACGCAUCCGGCGCCGUCCUCACUGUAGCUAUCAACGAAUGUGUGAAGCAGUUGUUCACCUUCAAGCAUCAGCUCCUGUUAGACCCGGAUAGCCGCCUAAAGUUGGUCGACAAGCUCAACGCCAAUUAUUUUAUGCAGAUUAUCGACACGAGGUUGGGCCUUCGCUGUGCUCGCCUCUUACCUCUUCAACAGUGGACGGCCCAGCGGCUCCCGGCAUUCAACAGCUAUUUGCCGUACGAAAAGGGAAACAAAGAAGCUCAAACACCUUUAGGACUAUCCGUGCAUGUCCACGGCGGC